GUCAGGCGCCUGGUCUUUUUCUUCUUCGAAGACCAUCUCGACUUCGCCCCUUUUCAUUCGACAGAGAACACACCAUCCAACGGCAAAAUGAGCAGAAAAUUCUUCGUCGGUGGAAACUGGAAGAUGAACGGCGACAAGAAGAGCCUCGGCGAGCUCAUUCAGACCAUGAACUCCGCCAAGGUGGACCCCAAUGUCGAGGUGGUGUGCGGCGCCCCAUCCAUCUACUUGGACUUUGCCAGGUCCAAACUGGACGCCAAGUUUGGUGUCGCCGCCCAGAACUGCUACAAAGUAGCCAAGGGCGCUUUCACUGGGGAGAUCAGCCCUGCGAUGAUCAAGGACUGCGGCGUCCACUGGGUGAUCCUGGGCCACUCGGAGAGGCGCCAUGUCUUUGGCGAGAGUGACGAGCUCAUCGGGCAGAAGACGGCUCACGCGCUGGAGAACGGCCUCGGGGUGAUCGCCUGCAUCGGCGAGAAGCUGGACGAACGGGAGGCGGGCAUCACCGAGAAGGUUGUCUUUGCGCAGACAAAAGUCAUCGCAGACAACGUCAAGGACUGGAGCAAGGUGGUGCUCGCUUACGAGCCGGUGUGGGCCAUCGGCACUGGCAAGACUGCCUCCCCGCAGCAGGCUCAGGAGGUUCACGAGAAGCUGAGGGUGUGGCUCAAGUCCAACGUGUCCGAGGCGGUUGCUAACUCCGUGAGGAUCAUCUACGGAGGUUCCGUCACCGGCGCCACCUCCAAGGAACUUGGCUCCCAGAAGGACGUGGACGGUUUCCUGGUCGGCGGCGCUUCCCUCAAGCCCGAAUUCAUCGAAAUCAUCAACGCCAAGAUGUAGAGAAUCUUGACGAUCCAUCAACUUCACACUUUGCCCCACCCCCUUUUCGAUCAUUCAUCACUUUAAAUUAAAGACCCUGUCAUGCUCUCCUUGUAUGUGUCUGGGGCGCGUCUCAUUUUGAGGAACAGGAUCGGAGCGGGUUGGCACAUGCCCCCUGCAAACUUGUGUGCACUCGCCACUUCCACAACGAGCUGGAAAGACCAUUCGCUCUUUCCUUGAAACGGUUACCGGCCCGUCUUCCAAUCACAUUUAUAAUGAGCGCGUGUCUCCUCUUGUGUUUCUAAGGCAUCGUCUGUGGCUUCCCCCUCCCCGUACCGUAGCUGUACAUGAGCCGCGCUCGCAUUUGGCAUUUCCAUGACGUGUCCGUUGAUGUUGUGUCACGGUAGAUGGUUUUGAGGGUAACAAAGGUCUGAGGAAACCUAAUAAAGCAAUUUGAGAUCC